UCCCCAACCCCUCUGCCCAGUCUCCUCCACCACCAGAGCCCGCCGCCCUGCCUCCAGUCACCGCGGCAGCUCCACCUCAGCCCGGCCAACAAAGAAGGGACCUGGGACCUCCCCCACUCCACCCCACCGUCCCGCCUGCCUCUGCUGCAUGCUUCCGUCCGGCCAUCCGCAAAUAAAUGAUUCAUAGGGAGCGCUCCAGCCGCAUCUCCCCGCGCCAGGCACACGUGUGAGCGAGAGCAGACAUGGAGCUGGAGCACUUUGACGAGAGGGACAAAGCUCUGAGGAGCACCCGCCGAGGCUCCAGAGGGACGGGCCUCCCCAGCCCCACACACAGCGCCCACUGCAGCCUGUACCGCACACGCACGCUGCAGGCGCUCAGCUCCGAGAAGAAGGCCAAGAAGAUCCGCUUCUACCGCAAUGGGGACCGCUACUUUAAGGGCAUCGUGUACGCCAUCUCCCAGGAGAGGUUCAGAUCUGUGGAGGCUCUGCUGGCCGACCUCACCCGCUGUUUGUCUGACAACGUGCACCUGCCUCAGGGAGUCAGGACCAUCUACUCCAUCGACGGGAGCACCAGGAUCACCAGCAUGGAGCAGUUUGUGGAGGGAGAGAGCUACGUCUGCGCCUCCAUAGAACCCUAUAAGAAGCUGGACUACACCAAGAACGUGAACCCGAACUGGGCAGUGGGCUCAGUGCGGACCGCCUCCCCCCACCACCCCCCGCCGGGCUCCAGGGACCCGAGGGAGAGCCGGGACUUCAUCAGGCCCAAGCUGGUGACCAUCGUGCGGAGCGGAGUGAAGCCGCGUAAGGCCGUGAGGGUCCUGCUCAACAAGAAGACCGCCCACUCCUUCGAGCAGGUCAUGAGCGACAUCACCGACGCCAUCAAGCUGGACACGGGCGCGGUCAAGAGGCUCUACACGGUGGACGGCAAAAUGGUGACGUGCCUACAGGAUUUCUUUGGAGAUGAUGACAUAUUUUUUGCCUGUGGACCAGAGAAGUUCAGAUACCAGGACGACUUCAACCUGGAUGAAAGCGAAUGCAGAGUGUCUAAAUCCUCCUCCUACGGCCGUCUCCCCUCAGCACACGGCAGAGCGUCCCCUAAAGGCUGGUCCCGGAUUAGCAAGUCCCCCUCCUCCCAUGGCUCUGCCAACGGGACAGCAGGCAGCCAACUGUCCACCCCCCGCUCUGGAAAGUCUCCGAGCCCCUCUCCCACCAGCCCGGCCAGCCUCAGACCACGCCAGGGCUCUCAGCACAGUGGCUCCUCUUUGUCUUUGGCCUCUACAAAAGUGUGCAGCUCAAUGGACGAAGGCGACGGCCCCAGCAGUGAAGCUGAGCCCAUGGAGGACCCCCCUGUGCCCCCCUCCAUCUCCGACAGGUACAGGGUGGGGCGGACUUUGGGAGACGGGAAUUUCGCAGUGGUGAGAGAGUGCAUCGAGAGGUCCACGGCCAGAGAGUACGCGCUCAAGAUCAUCAGCAAGGACAAGUGCAGGGGCAAGGAGCAUCUGAUCCAGAACGAAGUGUCCAUCCUGCGCAGAGUCAAACACCCAAACAUCGUGCUGCUCAUAGAAGAGAUGGACACACCCACUGAGCUCUACCUGGUCAUGGAGCUGGUCAAGGGCGGCGAUCUGUUCGACGCCAUCACAUCUUCCAACAAGUACACAGAGAGGGAUGCCAGCUCCAUGCUCUUCAACCUCGCCAGCGCCAUCAAGUACCUGCACGGACACAGCAUCGUGCACCGGGACAUCAAACCUGAGAACCUCCUGGUUUACGAGCACCCGGAUGGCACCAAGUCACUGAAGUUGGGCGACUUUGGUCUGGCCACUGUUGUGAACGGGCCCCUCUACGCAGUCUGCGGCACUCCCACCUACGUAGCACCGGAGAUCAUCGCUGAGACUGGGUACGGUCUGAAGGUGGACAUCUGGGCGGCUGGAGUCAUCACCUACAUCCUGCUGUGUGGUUUCCCUCCCUUCCGUGGGAGGGGAGCGGAGCAGGAGGAGCUGUUCGAGCACAUUCUGCGUGGGACCUUUGAGUUCUCCUCUCCGCACUGGGACGGAGUCUCUGCUGCUGCCAAGGACCUGAUCAGUGGGAUGCUGCAGCUGGAGGUGGAGCAGAGGUUCUCAGCGGUGCAAGUCCUGGAGCACCCCUGGGUCAAAGAGGAGGGCCUGACGGAGAGCGAGCAGCCUCUGUGUGUAGCCGGAAAAAUCAAGAAGCACUUCCACAGCGCAGCUAAAGCGAACAACACCUCAGCUGGAGUGUCCAUCAUCACUACAACCGCACUCGAUAAAGAGAAGCCAGUUUUCAGCAGAAGACGUGACCAGGAUGUGAGAUCUUACCUGCAGCUGCCUCACUGCGCCGGAGCCAGGGCCAAACCAGGACUGUCCCCCACCGAUGUGACGUCCGGCUCUGAGGACCUGUCCCCCAGCUCCGCAGACACGGUCCGCUCCCCUGCAUCGCCCUUUUGAAAGGUCCCAUAUUACGCAAAAUUGACUCUUGUGAGCUAAGCCAUGUUCGAAUGUUGUUACCUCCUCAUAAACACACCCGGAGUUGUGUUUGUGAGGAGGCAACAACAUCUUAUAACCUAGAUCAGAAAAUAGCGUAAUAUAGUCCCUUUAAGCCCCAUUCACACUGGCAGCCUGAUCUGGGAUUUUAGCCACAUUUUACCAACAAAGCCACAAGCAAUUUUUAGAGUAAAUUAAUAGGAAUAUGCAGAGAAGGUGUAUGUGUGAAUGGCAAAAGGAGAAACUCAAUUUAAACUGGACGAAAGUUUAUUUGGUCGCAUACGUUUCGCAGCUCAUCCAAGUUUCUUCUUUAGUUCUGGUCAAAAUGCUGGUGGACAAUUCCUUAUAUUUGCCUGAAGGGAGGAGCUAACUACACUGAAACUACUCUGAAACUAACACAUCUACUUGUUUACAGUUUUUGAGUGUGGGGUCAUAUUGGCAGAAUCAUUCAGGGCCAUAAUGGAGCUUUCACACCUCUGGGCUUGACUUGUUUUGAUUUUGGUUUGAGGAUGGAGUUGUAAAUAGGAGAUAGAUGGUGUACGAGUCCCAUGAUUCUCUUUCCUAACAAAAAUAGCUUCUUUAACUCCCCUCUCAAGCCAAUUCUUUUCUCUGGCUCAGAUCUGUACCUCACUGUCCUCAAAGGAGUGGUCCGUGGCUUUUAAGUUGGAGCUGUACAGCAGACUGAGGUCCUGUGUUGCUCUCUCGUCUGUGUUGGUACAUCCUCAUGUGAAGUGGCUGUUUUGUUUUUCUCCAGUGUAGCGCUCACUACCGUCUUCACUACACUGAACGGAGUAGACUAUGUAGUUAACUCCUCCCUUCAGACAGAUGUAAGGAACUAUCCACCAGCCUCCAAUCAGAACUGAAGAAGCAGCGAAACGUAUUCAACCAAAUUAACUUUUGUCCAGUUGAUAAAUUGAGUUUCACCUUUUCACGUGGAUUCUACCUGGACGACUGAGGGAUUUUACACACAACCCUGUAUGUGUGAAUGCAUUUUAACUGAAUUGAAAUGGUGCAGCCGUGAUGUGAAGUCAGGCCCCUGAGUGUGAGCAGAGCAGACUGGGAAUAUUCUGGGAUUGGUGCGAGUGUGAAUGAGAGUCACUGUUGAGUGUUCUGACAUUUUGUAAACGGCACAUUUUCAAAUUUGUGAAUGGGGUUUUAGACUCCUCCGUAAAACUCUGUAUGACAUAAACCCACUGCAACCUCAACAACUUGUAUUUUAAAGCAGAACCUUGAAGAAGACCUUAAUACAACAACUUAAUAA